AUGAUUGCAAAGCGUCUGGUUGCUGGUGUGGUGGUCCUUCUGGUGCUUGUUGUGGUCCUGUUCCUGUUCCUAGUCAUAGGUGAGGGGAAGAAAAAUCUUGCUCCCCCAGCAGCCAACUUCUUAAGAGCUGCUGUCGCUGCUGAUGCUGGAAAGUGUUCAGAAAUCGGAAGGGAUAUUUUAAAGAAAAACGGUUCAGCAGUGGAUGCUUCCAUUGCUGCAUUACUCUGUGUUGGCCUUCUUAACCCACACAGCAUGGGUAUUGGAGGAGGGGGGUUCUUUGUCAUCUACAGUGCCUCUUCAGGUGAAUUAGAAACCAUCGAUGCAAGAGAGACGGCGCCCAAGAAAGCCACUGAAGACAUGUUUGGCAACAACACACAACUUUCACGUAUAGGUGGACUGUCCAUCGCCAUCCCAGGGCAGAUUCGUGGCUAUGAGAUGGCACACAAGAGACAUGGUAGGCUGCCAUGGAAAGAGCUGUUUGAGCCAAGUAUCACCUUAGCUCGAGAAGGCUUUCCCAUUGGGAAAUCCUUAGCUCGUGCCAUCUAUAGAAGCAGAGAUUCCAUACAAGGAAACGCUAAUCUUUGUGAAGUGUUUUGUGAUUCGCAAAAAAGCAUUCUCAGGGAAAAUGACUUGAUAAGAUUUCCAAAGCUGGCAGACACAUACCAGAGAAUAGCAGAAGAGAGUCCUGACAUAUUCUAUAAUGGCUCAAUAGCACAGAGACUCGUGGAAGACAUCCAGGCAGCAGGUGGGAUUAUAACCUUGGAUGAUUUAUUGGAGUACCAGCCAGUGCUGAAUGAAAAUCCCCUGAAGCUGAGUGUGGGGGAUUACACUAUGUAUGUCCCAGACGCCCCCUCCAGUGGACCAGUGUUGGCACUCAUUCUCAACAUACUUAAUGGAUACAAUUUUACGGAAUCAAGCGUUUCCACCCCUGAGAAAAAGACCCUGACGUAUCAUCGCAUCAUAGAGGCUUUCCGUUUUGCUUAUGCCAAGAGAAGCAGACUCGGGGAUCCACGUUUUCUCAAUGUUACAGAUCUUAUCCAAAACAUGACAUCCACCUACUUUGCUGAAGGCAUAAGGAUGAAAAUUACGGAUGAUACCACACAUCCAGACGUUUACUAUGAGCCGGAUUAUUUUGUUCCUGACAACCACGGAACAGCUCAUCUGUCAGUUAUAGCUGAAGACGGAAGUGCCGUGGCAGCCACCAGCACCAUUAAUCGAUAUUUUGGGUCCAAAGUCAUGUCCCGAUCAACUGGAAUCAUCUUUAACGAUCAAAUGGAUGACUUCAGCUCUCCAUACAUCACCAAUGGCUUUGGAGUCCCUCCCUCACCUAACAACUUCAUCCAACCAGGAAAAAGGCCUCUGUCUUCCAUGUCUCCCACCAUAAUCUUUGAUGAAGAAAAAAGGGUUAAAAUGGUUGUCGGAGCAUCUGGGGGCACAAAAAUUACCACAUCUACUGCCUUGGUCAUCUUGAACUCUUUGUUCUUUAAGUACAACCUGAGGAAAGCGGUGACUGAGCCGCGAGUGCACAAUCAGCUCAUUCCAAAUAUGACAGUGGUGGAGCAUGGUUUUGAAAAGAAAAUCCUUGACGGUCUAAUCUGGAAGAAUCAUGCAACACUGCUGCAGGGUCCAGAUUCUGUGGUUCAGGUGGUGUUGCGACAGGGAGCGAAUCUCUGUGCAGAAUCGGACCCUAGGAAAGGAGGAUACCCUGCCGGAUACUGA